AUGGAAAUUCUCUACUGUACGUUCUUCGUUGGCUUUCUGGGAGUUUUAGGACAGUAUGACUGUCCUUAUAAGGAAUGUUUCUGUGAUCAAACUGACAUCUAUUGCGAUAGUCAGUCGCUUAAGUCCAUCCCCGAAAGGAAUGUUCAAACCAAGGGGUUUUAUGUUACCUUAAAUCUUGACAGUAAUCAAAUCACCACGAUACCCGCGGGAAGCCUACCUCCGAAUCUGAUAUCACUUUCACUGCAAGGAAAUCCUAUAGAAACUAUCGACGAUACCGCCUUUGACGAGUCCGUCAACACAUUACAGACGAUAACAUUUGAUGGCGCUAAAUUCACACAAGUUCCUGCAGCGGUAACUCGCUUGAGGCAGCUAUGGAAUCUCAAUCUCUACAGCGUAAAUAUCCUGACUUGGGACGAUAACGCCAUGAAGAAUCUUUGUCCUUCGCUGCUGUCCUUUCAGCUUGUAACAGGUGGAGUGUCCUCCUGGCCUAACUGGCUGAAAUAUUGCUCCAACUUGACCGACAUAUCCAUUACCAGCAGCGGUAUCUCUUCAAUUCCAGAUGAUGCUCUAGAUCUAGUGACCAACACGUUAGUACAGUUGCAACUUCAUAACAACAGCCUGACCAGUGUCCCAAAGGCAAUAUCAAAGAUGACCGCAUUGAAUAUUCUAUCUUUAGAACAAAAUAAAAUUACGGAUCUCACUUGGCUUCCACAGCUCAGCAACUUGUCUUAUUUGGCAUUGACUGAGAACAGAAUAUCCGACGCCGGAAAACUAAGCUCCGUUUUACGACCUUACGCUAACACGUUGCAAACAUUUAGCGUUUAUGACAAUUUUCUUACGUCCAUACCGGAUCUGUCAUUUCUGACCAAAAUAAUUGAAUUAGACUACAUGAACAAUCAUAUUUCUGACCCAUACUCGGGUGGAAUUCCCGAAAACCUGACCAGCCUACAACUAUACAAAAACUUUUUAACUACAGUUCCCACGGUAAUGAAAACAAUGAAAUUGUUAACUGAAUUGGAUUUGAGUUACAAUCGUAUGCUUUCUAUUCAAGGAACAGAUAUUCCUAACAGAGUUACGGGAGUUGAUUUAGGAAAUAACAUUAUAACGGAAUUAACAGACACGAGCUUUCCCGUCAAUUCCAACAUUACAUAUUUGCUUAUGUCCAACAAUCCUCUAUCGAAGAUAUCUCUUCUCGCCUUUCAGAAUCUGCCUCAGCUGCAACAGUUAGAUUUAACUCAUACCAAAUUAACCAGGAUGCCGCUCGCUAUUUCACUCCUGAGCAAGCUGCAGUAUCUUGAUGUCUCGGGAAAUACUGGCCUAGUCUGUACCUGUCUGGAGAAGGGUUUAGCGUCCAGGAUCUCCUCGCUGCCGUCUGAAGCUGUUGUUGGCGACUGUGGGCAAACCAGCCUUUACGUUUUCUUUACAGAGCUAAGCCAUGGUUGUCCUACCAGUUGA